AUCAACUUCUACUUGCCGGAUUGUGGCGUAAAGUAAAACAUUGUGACUUUAUAUAUUUCUCAAAUUGUACAGUUCAGUUAGUAAGAUAGAGUAACGAACAGCGAUGGCUCAAGCACUUAAAAAGCUAUCAGUACAAGCACUGAAAAACAAUUAUGCUGAAGCAAUUACGACCGGCGUCGUAAGCAGAGCUAGCAGCACCUGGUGGAGCAAUGUGCAGAUGGGACCACCUGAUGUCAUCUUAGGAAUAACCGAGGCUUAUAAAAGAGAUGCAGACCCGAAGAAAGUUAAUCUUGGUGUAGGAGCAUAUAGAGAUGACCAAGGCAAACCAUUCAUUUUGCCAUCUGUUAGGAAGGCAGAAGAAAUUAUUUACAAAAAAGGAUUAAACCAUGAGUAUGCUCCAAUUGGUGGUGAAGCAGCUUAUACCGAUGCUGUAGCUAAACUUGCAUUUGGAGAAGAUAGUCCAGUUCUCAAAAACAAGAGCAAUUGUACUGUUCAGACCUUAUCUGGUACUGGUGCCCUCCGUCUUGGUCUCGAGUUUAUUACAAAGCACUAUGCCAAGAACAAGGAAAUCUGGCUGUCGACGCCGACUUGGGGCAACCACCCCCAGAUCUGCAACACUCUCAACCUAGCACACAAGAAGUACCGAUACUUCGACCCUAAGACGAACGGUUUCGAUCUCAAAGGAGCUAUUGAAGAUAUCAAUAAAAUCCCAGAAGGUUCUAUAAUUUUAUUGCACGCCUGCGCCCACAAUCCGACCGGUGUCGAUCCUAAACCAGAAGAAUGGAAACAGCUAUCUCAGGUGAUAAAAGAUAGGAAGCUGUACCCGUUCUUCGACAUGGCUUACCAGGGCUUUGCGACGGGCAGCGUAGACAACGAUGCCUUCGCCGUGCGACUCUUCGUGCAGGAAGGUCACCAGGUCAUGCUCGCGCAGAGCUUCGCGAAGAACAUGGGGCUGUACGGCGAGCGCGCGGGCGCGCUGACGUUCCUGUGCGGCGACGGCGACGCGGCGGCGCGCGUGCUGUCGCAGGUGAAGAUCAUGAUCCGCACCAUGUACUCCAACCCGCCGCUCUACGGCGCGCGCCUCGUGCAGGAGAUCCUCACCGACCCGCAGCUCAAGGCGCAGUGGCUGAAAGACGUGAAGCUGAUGGCGGAUCGCAUUAUCGCCAUGCGGCAGCAGCUGCGCGCCGGCAUCGAGGGCGCCGGCAACAAACUCAGCUGGCAACACAUCACCGACCAAAUCGGCAUGUUCUGCUACACCGGCCUCAAGCCUGACCAGGUGGAACGGCUGACUAAAGAUUUCCACAUCUACCUGACCAAAGAUGGCCGCAUCUCGGUAGCGGGCAUUUCCUCAAAUAAUGUCAAUUACAUCGCCGAAGCGAUGCACAAGGUGACGUCGUAAACAUAUCGAAUAUUAAGCUUACUACCAUAAGAGUAAAUGAAAAUGUCAAUUGGCCGUUAUUUAUUAUUUGUCACUAUGGAUAUAAAAUAUCUUGUAGUGAAUGUUGAAAUUUUUUAUCAGGAGAUUAGGCAUUCGAUUCGAAGUCAAAAAUUAUUUAAUAAUCAUUUAAAUAUGUGAUGUGUAUCUGAAUUUAAAUAUAAUAAUGUUUUCAA